AUGGAUGCCAGAGCACGGCUACUCUGCAUGCUGCUUCUGGGGCUGGGGGCCCAUACAACCAAUCAUACAGGAGCUGUUUCUCUCCCUCAAGAAAGAGACGUGUUUCUAAGCGAGGUGCUUCUGCCUCAGGAAAAGAGUCCUGAGAUGUCUCCAUACAAUCCUGAUGUCCACCUCAUCCAGAGUAAACCAGGCAAUCAAGCAAGACCUUACAGCCUGUCUCUGUCUCCAGAUGACUACCACUACUCUCCUAAACCCAAGCGUCUACGAACCUCUCGGCUGAUGAAAAUGAUAGGCUCAUCCUUUGACCCUUUCUGGAUGUCUCUUGAGGACCCCCGUGGUCGGAACACAAGCUUAGAGGAAUUGGGCACCCUCAGCGAGGACCUGGCAGAACGUUCAGCCCGAUUUAAGAAGAAGCUACUGCAGGAAGCUCAAGGACUAGAUCUUCCUGAGCUGCUGACUUUUAGGGAUGGUGUUCCCCACAAUCUGAGCCAAGUUCUCAAGCACCGUCUCCAACAGUGGCUUGUGGAUAGUGCUACCUGCCAGCUGACCUCUUCCUGGGUGGAUGUGGGACCCAUCUUCUGGCCACGCUGGGUACGCCACACAGACUGUGACCCUAUCCAAGUGGGCUGCUCGUGGCCUCCUGGCAUGAUUUGCCAACAUGCACAGGUCACCUACAUCAAGCUCCUGGCAUGGCAUUGUUGGGCAAGCAAGGAGGAAGCCGUAGGCCUUAGAAAGCCCCCACAACAAUGUGCCUGGAGGCUGAUUCCUUAUCCUGUGGUGGCUACAUGCAAGUGUUCCUGCCAGUGAGAAGACAGUGCAAAAUAGUGCCAACUCUGGACUUUUUGCUGACAAUCAGUCAUAACUGGCAAACACAGUGAAGGAACAGUCUCUUGCUAUCUGAACUAGAGAGUUAACAGACCCAUGAGGUGAUUGAAAAGAUGCUCCCUGAAGAAAUGGGAAAGGAGGACCUGGAGAUAGCUUUCUUUACAACAAGGAGAGGAAACCUCGCUUUGGAAUAACUGCCACACCAAGAGGGAG